AUGAAAGGCCCGGUUUGCGGUAUUGACAACUGUCGCUCAAGGCGGUAUGAGGAUGGCGGCGACGGGUACCGCUACUGCCAACAAGGACACCAACAACCUGGUCUCAUGGAAUUGAACGAAGAUCGCGAAGAAGAUGACACUGCAGCCCGUGAACUACGAUUCAAAAAGAAGGAUGUUGACGACGAUGUUACGACAGCCCCCAAGAUUUUCGAAGGCCCAAAGGCCAAUGAACUCUACCUGGAGUGUGUCCAGCUUAUUCUGCGACAUCAUAUCCGGUUUUUAGUAAAGGACCAAGGAUUUCCACAGGAACUUGAAACUGUUGUUAGAGACCUCUGGGCACUUGGUCUCGGUCAAGUUGAUCCCGGCGAAGAACCUCAAGAGGAAGCCAGUGAUACGGAGGCUGACAACGAGGCUGACGACGAAGACAACACCAACGAAGAGGAUCUCACUACAAAGCCUAAGAGAGAGAGGAAGUCAUCUAAUACACCUCGAAUUCGCCACUGUGUAGCAUUAUGCUACCUCGGUUUCAUCACGCUGCGCUUGCCGGUCACACCAGGCGACAUGUAUGCAUGGGUCACCAAUGAAUUGUUGCCAUACCGUAAAGCCGCUGGGCUACUGCCCCUCAAUAUGAGAAAACGUCUGCCUUCCAACUACAUUGCCGUCUUACACCCAAGGCCGCUUCGCUACAACCGAUUGUACCAGACGAUCACAGACCUGCAAAGAAGCUACAGCACAGAUUACGGCAUCGUAUGGCCGGCCCUAAACGUACCGCUGCUCCUGCACCGCUACCUCAAAGAGCUCGCCCUGCCUCUCGAUAUAUACGAUGCGACCAGACGGUUAGGCGAGAUGAUUGGGUAUGAUUUUGCUCCGGAUCCCAAGAACAGAUGGCUGGAAAUACAUCAGCUUCCUGAAGCACAGCUGGUCAGCUGCAUCCUGAUAUGCGUCAAAAUGCUCCAUCCGCUCGAUGGCUACGAGCGUUAUGGGGAGGCGGACGAGAAAACAGCGGUGGUCAUGGACUGGGGCGUAUGGAGGAAGACAAUGGAGACAACGGAGACCACGGAGACCAGCCAAGAGGACGUGUUGCAGGCGGUUAUCGGAGGCAUGAAGAACACUACAGGCGCCCCGAAAGAGGGCAAGAAGUACCCGACGUGGGAGUACGAGGAAGACCUCCCCGAAGUGACAAGAAUGCUCUACGAGAAAGCUGCGAGGCUGGCGGGGGUGCCUAUGCCCGAGCUUUUGAUGGCGGUGCUAUCUACCGAGGAAAAGAUGGACGAGGUAAAAGAAGGCGCAUGA